UGUUAGUUUUGCGCGUAACCAUUAUUUGUCGUGACGUCAUUUUACAUGUAUGGGACCGGAUGAUUUGGGGCAUUUCAUAGAAGGUGUGUACUGCGUGCGUGAGUUGACAUGAGACACCUCCCCAUGUGUUACGGGGACAACUUGCACCAUUGUUUGUCCGUAACAUCUGUGUCCAUCUCCUGUCAGGACUUUUUGAGUAUUUUUCCCACUCUGUUGGACUUUUUAGGUGCACCGAACAAAAUGAGCCACUGGUCAUUUUCGAAUUAUAUCCGGUUCUCUGACAGCUGAUUCAUUUGAAGGUUUUAUCUAACAUACAAUAAAUCUGUGACCAUCUUAUCCGCUGGACACCCCCAACAUUCUUGUUCGCACAGGCGCGUCGCCGUAGCCAAACUCUGCGCAGAGAACGCGCACGGUCCAACACACGGACUUGAGUGCCCUUUGGACAACCACGCUGCAGGCGGCAAAAGACCAGGUUACCACUUCGCUGUCAUAGUUCUGUAUGAAAAGAGAAUAUCUGACUGUUAAGUCAAUAUUUGAAUGUCAAAAGAAGAAAGCUUAUCUAAAGCCAUUGAAGCCACCAGAGUCGCCGAUUCCAGUACGUCUUUGGAUGAAAGGACAGCGGACUAGAGUUCCAACGCUACGGACAGUUAUUUGUGUCUUUCCAGCAAAAUACAUUUUCAGGUUUACUUUGCUGUCUGUUUAAUAGCAAAGUCAUUUUGGAUUUCUGGGACCUUAAACGUGGGGCGUGUUUUCCAAAAACACAGAACAUUUCAAGAAGUCCCGUUCGCCGGAGUCGGUGUGGAUGUGUAACCUACAGUAUGAGCAGUCAUUUGCUUUUGAAUGAUGAGCAAUCGGAGCGCACAAGGUUUACGAGGAAAAUCGGAAUUGUAAUGAUUCAUAACCUUUAAACCAACAUCGGAUAUUAUUAAGGAAUCUAAAAAAAAGAAAGCGAUAAUGAUUCUGGCAACUUUAUACAUCAUGUUGCCUGUUCUGGAUAUAAUAUCCUCCACCAAGUCGGACAGAAUGCGCAACGGCAGACUGGACUGUGUGGAGGCGAACGCCCAGUGUUUGGGAGAGUAUGUCUGCAGCUCAAAGUAUCGCACCAUGAGGCAGUGCGUGUCGGGGAAGUUAACGGACAACUACACCAUGCUGGCCGGAGCCGACGCGCAGGACGAGUGCCGUAGCGCCAUGGACGCUGUGAAACAAAGCCCCCUGUACAACUGCAAGUGCAAGAGGGGCAUGAAGAAGGAAAAGAACUGCCUGCGUAUUUACUGGAGUAUCUACCAGAGUUUGCAAGGAAAUGAUCUGCUCUCUGUAGAGGACUCUCCAUACGAGCCAUCGAGCAGCCGUCUCUCCGAUAUAUUCCGCCUGGCUCCCAUGGUGUCAGGGGACUUUGCGCUGACCAGGGAGAACAACUGCCUGAACGCGGCCAAGGCGUGCAACCUGAACGACGUGUGCAAGAAGUACCGCUCGGCCUACAUCAACCCGUGCACCACGCGCGUCUCCACCGCCGAGGUGUGCAACAAGCGCAAGUGCCACAAGGCGCUGCGCCAGUUCUUCGACAAGGUGCCCGCCAAGCACAGCUACGGCAUGCUCUUCUGCUCGUGCCCGGCCGGGGACAACGCGGGCUGCAGCGAACGCCGCCGCCAGACCAUCGUGCCCAUCUGCUCGUACGAGGACCGGGAGAUGCCUAACUGCCUGUCGCUGCAGGCCACCUGCAAGACUAACUACAUCUGCAGGUCUCGUCUGGCUGACUUCUUCGCCAACUGCCAGCCUGAACCGCGCUCCGUCUCCGGCUGUCUGAAGGAGAGCUAUGCCGACUGUCUCCUGGCCUACUCAGGGCUCAUUGGCACGGUGAUGACGCCCAAUUACCUGCGCACGACCACCAUCAGCGUGUCGCCGUGGUGCGACUGCAGCAGCAGCGGCAACGGCAAGGCCGAGUGUGACACGUUCACCGAGUUCUUCACCGACAACCGCUGCCUCCGUAAUGCCAUCCAAGCCUUCGGGAACGGCACGGACGUGGGAGUGUGGCAGCCUCAGCCCCCGAUUCAUCCCACGCCCCAGAACCCCAACACCCCACCCAGGGGUAGAGAGAAGACCAAUGCUGUGGACCAACUCUCCAACCGCCUAGAACCGGAAAACGGCAUUUUCCCCUUCUGUGGAAACCUGCAGGCUCAGAAGCUGAAGUCAAACGCAACGGUGGACACGUCUAUGUGUGUGCUUGAGGACCACAUCACCUCCAACUCCAUCGUCCAGAAUGCAGCAGUGGCAACGGCUCCCCUCCCAGGCUUCCUCCUCCUGCUGCUGCUCCCCUUCACCUCCUCUCUCCUCCACCUCCAGUUCCUGCCGCCCCCUUCGCUCCUCACAGCUCUGCUGGGCUUGUAGCUGCCUCUGCGGGGACCAGGCCGUAGAGCGGUGGGCCUCUGUACUAUACUCCGUAUAUAACGUCAUCGUUUUAUAAUUUUUUUUAUCAUUUUUUUCCUGUCUUCUGCGAGUGAUACUGUCCAAGGUGUGAUGUUGUAGGUGUGCCGACGUCAUACCGAGUCCAGCUGCUUAUAUUUUUGUGUCAAGACACAGACCAGAAGGCCGACGGGAGGAGGUUGAUGGCGACUCAGUUCAGGGGGAGAAAGAUUAACUGGGACGUCUUUUCUUUUCGGUUUUGAGGAUUGAGAGACGUGUGCUUCUUUUCCGUUUUGAACUCUCAACAAGACGACGGACCGUGGCUACGCUACGUUUGCAUCACAGACGCGGGUCGAGUCUAUCGGAUGUUACGUGGAAGACUAUAUUUUCUGCCAUGGGGUGCCAGCUCAUGAUUGACCCAUAGAAGUUAUGGACAGCACAGUGAUUAGAGGACUGGUUCGAGGACUUCUAUGGAAUUUGAUGUUGUGUGCCCCCUUAUUGAAUCCCCCCCCCCCACCCAACCACCAUACCUCAGAAAAGCAACGUCACCAAUCUUCUAUAGCUCAUCCGCUUUUCCACGGCACACUUUAAAGUCCCCAAAAAAUAUAUGACAUUAACCCCCAUUACGGCUCGUUUGGAUCUUACCCAUUGGCUGAACAUCAUACCUAGCACGCAAUCGCUUCUUCCCAUUCAUUCUCGGGAUCAACUGUGCACCUCACACACGACACGCCUCACAUGACCACACUGCUUCUCUGCUUGGACUUGGUUUGGACAUGAAGGCACAGAAUGCUAGAUGCGUGCUCGGGGGGGAUUGAAGUACGGAACCUAAGCCAAGUAAUGGGAAAUGGUGAAGACAGUAUUAUGCCCCCCCAGGUUUGGAUAUGAGCCGUCUUCUUAAAGGACUUGUACUGUUCAUGAUGGGGAAAGCCUUUGUACUCAGGCUUCACGACAACUCCACAAUGGAAAGAACACGGGUGAUAAAAGUCACGAAGAUAGCCAAUCAGUAGACAUUUUGCGCCAUUUUCUCUGCAGACGUAUGUAUGAUCAUGUCAGCCAUUCACUUGUACAGCGAAAUAGCGAGUUCACUGAAUAUCUCUUGUGUUCGUAGUUCCUGGAUUUAUUUGACUGAGCAUAUACGUUUUAUGACCUCUUUAUGAUAUUUGAUUGUCUAUGUCAUGUAAAAUAUCAUCUGUUGUGUUAUGAUAGUCAACAGCAGUGGACCACUGGAAUGAGUUGCAGGCUAUGCUUGUUUAGCUCAGUUCACUGUAGCCAUGAUAUGUAGUGUAAUGUUCAAUAAGUGAUCAAUGGUUAUUCAUUAUUUCAGGUGCUGAUGAAAUAUCAUUUCUGCAUAGUUGUGGUAAUGUUAAUCUGUAAAAAAAAAAAAGUAAAAGGGGCAGUACAAAGCAUAAGGUUAUGGACUAACGUACUCAUAAAAUUAAAUAAGUUGAAGUUAAUAGAAAUGCCCUGUUGUAUGGCUUUUGUGCGCAAAAAAAUAAAUAAAAGAGACUGUAUUCGA